AUUACACGGCCAAGUGUCAUGUGCGGUGCGCGCCAUGCGCGCUCAUUACCUAACCUCACUCUUUUUUCAUAACAUAACAUAACAAGAAUUCUUAAGUUUUUCUAAAAAUUGUUAAAGAUGUUGUCUAGAAUGUUUAUCGUUAACACCCGAAUCUUUAGUCAAAUUAACACUAAAAUUUCUUUAAAUAGGCGAUCUUCAAUACAUAAUACGGCAAUGGCAUCUGAACACGAAAAGCGGGUGAAAUCCUAUCAAGAGAGACUUCGAGCUUUGAAAGAAUUUUGUGAUAGACAAGAAAGUAAAAAAGGCGCCGAGGAAAGACCUGCACCCAACUUAAACAAGCAAAAGACUGUGCCACUCGAACACUUUACCAAACUAGUUAAGAUUCCAACACCCAUGAGGAGGCUAUUUAAUAUAAAACAACAUGCAAAUCAGUGUCUUCAGGCUAGACUAUUAUCCACACAAAACAAUAGUACAUUAAAAAAUGAGGAUUCUAGUCAAAGAGAUAAUAAAGAAUUAAAACAAGAUGAUUUAUUUUCAUCUGACAUACAUAUUAAAGUUGAAGAUCUAUCAUACACAUCGAGAAGAGGAGGUUUGAAGAAAAAAAAGCAGAAUUUGGAAGAUAACAGUAUUGACAAGGCUGAGUUAAAUAAGGUAUCAUGUCAAGAAGAAAAUAAUUCUUCCAAACUUCAGAAGUUUCCAUUUCCAAAGAGUGUAUUAAAUCAAUAUUAUCAGAUAGUUUCAGAAGAUCUAAAGAAUAAUUCUGUUAAACCAAUAACAACAUAUGCUUCCAACCACAAGGGACAAAAAGUCACAUGGACCUGCACCUAUCAUUUAAAGUGGCCUACUGUUGCCAAGAUUAGUGCAGAUCAUUCAACAAAAAAAGAUGCUAGUCACACUGCUGCCCAGAAAGUACUGCAGUUACUAUUAGAAUGUGGUAAAAUGGCUCCAGAUGGUUCACCAAUAAUACAUACCCAAGAUGAGAUCAGAAAAUUACAGAAGCAGAAGCGAACAAAGGUUGAACUAAAGGCUGCAGAAGUAGACAAUAUGAGAAAUAUUAUAAAUAUAUUUAAUGAUAAUAUGAAGCAUAAAGUAGAUUCAGUUGACUUUGUAGGUUCUUUGGAUGAAUUUUCUAAAGAUUUUAUCACUGAAGAGCAGGAUUGUGAAAGAAAAUAUAAAGCUUCGCCUAUAUUUUUGGGGACAGCCAAGUAUUUCGCAAGAGAAAAAGUCUCCUUACCAAUUUCAGCUUACAAGGAAUCAUUUAUACAACUUCUUCAAAACAACAACUGUGUGAUAGUUAAAGGCCAACCUGGCUGUGGAAAAUCCAGUCGAGUUCCACAAUAUGUUCUGGAAUCUUGGAUUAGGCAAGCACAGUCAGGUGAAGAAUUUUGCCGUAUCGCCGUGACACAGCCUCGACGAAUCGCUGCUAUAUCAUUAUCUGAACGAGUGGCAUCAGAAAGAACUGAGGAGGUGGGUCACAUUGUUGGUUAUCAAGUACGUCUCAAAUCUAAGUUUCAAGACAAAACAGGCAGGGUCCUGUAUUGUACUACUGGAAUUUUAUUACGCCACUUACAAGCUGAUCCGAGAUUGUUAAGGUUCAGCCAUGUGAUUUUAGAUGAGGCCCACGAAAGGGAUGUAAAUACAGAUUUGCUUAUGAACCUAAUAAGACGGGCUUUGCAGCAAAACUCUAAUCUUAAGUUGGUUGUCAUGAGUGCCACAAUCGACACGGAAGCUUUUUCAGAAUAUUUUAACGGUGCUCCUAUAUUUAGUAUACCAGGUUUUACUCAUCCAGUCGGUGUUUAUUAUCUGGAUGAUCUAUAUUGUCCAAAAACAUUAAAUAUGUGCAACCAAGAACAUCCGCAAGUGAUUCAUGAGGAAGUUGUUGAGGUAAUCAAAUCCAUCCACAGAGAGAAGCCAGAAGGCGCAAUUUUAGUGUUUCUGCCUGGCUGGGAAGACUUGUCCAGAGUACAAAGACUGCUAAACGCUAAGUCAGAUAUGGUAGUCCAUCUGGUUCACUCAAAACUCAAAGACUCCGAGCAACACAACAUUUUCAGCAGGCCUCCUCCUGGUAUCAGGAAGGUUAUUUUGGCUACCAACAUUGCCGAGACCUCGAUAACUAUUGAUGAUGUUGUUUAUGUAGUAGACUCAGGGAUACAUAAAAAUAAGAUUUUUGACGUCGAUAAAGGUAUUGACGUAAUUGACUUAAAAUGGAUUUCUAAAGCUAGUGCCGAUCAAAGAGCCGGUAGAGCUGGAAGGUGCUCUCCUGGCGAAGCUGUUCGCCUUUAUUCACGCAAGAAAUAUGAAGAGCUUGAGGACUACACUGUUCCCGAGAUUUUAAACAGCUCUCUGACCAAAAUCGUGCUAGACUCGAAAGUGUAUUCAAGCAACAUGAAUGCCUGUGAGUUUAUGGAGACUUUAAUUACUCCUCCUGAAAGAACAGCGGUUGAAAAGGCAGUGGAAGAACUAAAGGAACUCGAGUUGUUAGAUGAGCAAGAACGAUUAACCCCUUUAGGAAGAACUUUAGUGGACUUUCAGCUUGAACCACGUCUUGCAAAAGCGAUGGUUAACGGUGUAAUAUUUAGAUGUGCCACCCCGAUAGUUGAUAUAAUCACCCUAUUCUCAUCUGACUCUAAUAUUUUCGGGUCUCUUGGCCUACUUGGUAAGGAGAUGGUAAAAAAACAUAAGUCACAAUUUUGUAAUAGUUCCGACCAUUUGGCAAUGAUGAGGAUGUAUGAGAAAUGGUUAGAAUUGGUUGAGGAAAACGGUUAUCACGAAGCUGAGAGAUUUUGUGACAAAUACAAUUUGGUAUCUCACAAACUGAACUUUAUUAAAAAACUGAAGGAUAUUCAUUUCGAAUAUUUAUACAAAGGAUUACAUCAAUCCAUGCCAGUUUCCGACGAUUAUUCUGAUAAUGACGAAUUGGUUAAGGCUGUUCUAUAUUCGGGCACUGGAACAGUUCUUGAGCAUAGGAACUGGGAUAUAGUUAAGAAUCGAUUAAAGACCGGCGUUAAUGUUCUGGUUACCAGAAACAACCAUAAAGCAACAAUAACGGGAGAAAGUGUGAAUUUUAAAAGAAACAAAUUUCCUACUAACUUUUUGGUUUAUAUAACUGAGACCCGUUCAAAUAUUAGAAGAACGACUACUGUCAGGGAGUGCAGUUUAAUACCAUCAAUAUCAGUUUUAUUGUUUAACAAUGGCGGAUUGGAAAUUAUUCAGCCUGAUCCAAACAACCCAAUUGAUGAGAAUGACGUGAUCAUUGGUAUCAAGAAUACUAAAUUGCGAUUUUUAUGUAAGAAAAACGAUGCAGAGGUUCUUAUGGAUUGUAAAGAAGCAAUACAGUUCUCAUAUAAAUAUCUAAUUCAUCAGCUCACAUAUGCUGGUGAGGAUAUUUCUGAAUUUUUACAAUAUUGGGAUGAAAUCCUAAGUAAUCUACAUGCAGUUUUAAGCAAAAACAAGAUUGUUUAGUUACAUACUUAUCUGUUUAAUAUGUUAGUACAUACAAUGUGCCCAUGGAUUGACUUCAAAUGCUUUUGAAGAAAAACUAUUUAGUAAAGCUGCUGCUUUUGAUCAAAGAACAUACAAUUAUUUUGUUUAAUUUUAUAUGAUAGAUGUCAUAGAUUAAUAUGAAAAAGAUGAAGCGUUAAAGUCUUCUCUUAUUAAAGACCUAUUAAAUCAAUCUUGUACAGAUUAGUGAAUUAGAUUGGACUUAGUGAAAAGAAAGCUGCAAAUUAAAAAAGCGACUUUAAAAGUCAAUAUAUGGACUGCAUGGGAAGAAAUUUGUCUAUCUUGUUAACCUUUAUGUUAUGUUAAAGAUGGGUUCAUAGGAACAUGUUAUUCGAUUAUAUAACUUAGACUUUAUACAGGGUGAUUUUUAUAAGAAGGUCAUGCUUUUGGGGGAUGAUAGGGGACGUUCAAAUAUCAACUAUUGAUAUAUCAACUCUUGAUAUAAGACACUAUGGGUCGGAAAUGCCUCGAAAGCAAAAUACAGGGGGUUAAAGUUUUAAAAAAAAUAACAAAUUAAUUUUUAGUUAAUUAUCUGUGAAUGUUUGGGCAGGCAUUGUAGGGGAGAACUUGAUUGGUCCGUACAUUUUGCCAAGACGUCUGUCUCAUUGCAAUUAUUUGAUUUUUAUUCGAGAUGUACUGCCUGAACUUUUAGAAGAUGUGCCAUUGGAUGUUCGGCAAAUAAUGUGGUUCACCAUUCAACAUGAUGGUUGUCCGGCACACUAUGGUCGCGUUGUCAGGGAAUAUUUAAACCAAAGAUAUCCUAGACGUUGGAUUGGGACGGAAGGCCAAGUGGCUUGGCCAGCGCGCUCCCCCGAUUUAAAUCCCUGUGAUUUUUAUUUGUUGGGUCAUUUGGACCAACUUAUUUAUUCUACACCUGUGCCAGAUGAACAUGAUCUUUUGGCUCGCAUUGCAGUAGCUGCAGGCGAAAUUAAAGAUAGGGGUGAAGUUAUUCAGAAAAUUCACGACAAUUUAACAUUACGCUGCAGGCUCUGUAUCCAACAAAAUGGCGGCCACUUUGAGCACCUUUUAAAUUAAUUAUUAUUAUUUAUUAUUUAGUAUUUUUUAACGUUAUCCAAUAAAUUUUUUUUCCUUAGGUUUUAUUAAAGUUAUUUAUUUUUAAAUACUGAUAAAAUGGUGCCUUUUGGGAAAAAGAUGCAGGAUACCUUUUUUUCUGUUAAAUAAACCAAGGAUUCUUAAAAUUUUUAAUUAUCAGUGGCGUACUAUUUUUUUUUUUUAUUAAAAAAAUACUCUAAUGCCUAUCUGAUCUACGCCACUGGUUGAAACUAAAAAUUUACUUUUUACAUUUAAAGCAUCUUUAUUAGGUAGCUUUAUUGAAAAAAUUUGACACCAAUAUCUUAAACAGUCAAAAAACUAAAAAUUAAUUUCUUAAUUUUUUUAAAAACUUUAACCCCCUGUAUUUUGCUUCUGAGGCAUUUCCGACCCAUAGUGUCUUAUAUCAAAAGUUAUAUUUGAACGUCCCCUAUCAUCCCCCAAAAGCAUGACCUUCUUAUAAAAAUCACCCUGUAUAAACAUUGUAAAAUAAUCAGAGAUAUGACUGACAUAAUUUGAAAAUUAUGGCAGGUCAUUGGGUCAUCGAUGUGUGCGCUUUAAGCGCACUCUCACUAAGAAGAAAUUUUAUAAAUGUGAUACAUUUUUUUUCAUUUAUACAGAUUGUCUGGUAAGUAAGGGAUAUAAUUCCGCGGAGGUGAAUAUAAUAAAGCUAUAAUAUAAUAAAGCUAUUAAAUAUUGGUCAUUUUUAUAAACUACAAAAACCAUGCGAAAAUAGAUCUACAGUUAUACCGAGAUGUGUUUGGAUUCAGAUCAGAUUAGAACAGGUAAUCACUAAAAAUUGUAUUUUGAAAAAAAAAAACAUAUUUUGUAAUUAAUUUAUUUGUAAUCAGCAGUAACAGUAGUAAAAUAGCAUGUUUUUAAAAAUAGUGAGAACUAGACCUUUUUUAAAGACCUCUGUUAUUAAACAAGAACAUUUAACAGUCAAAUAGAAAUAUGUUUUCUUUUUGUUCUCUAAAAAUUUGACAGAUAUUUUCUUGUUGCAGUUAUGAAAAAUAGUAUCUGCCUACUAUUUUUAUAAAAUAUGACUUUGAUAGAGCUUUUUGAAGAUCAUUGAAAGAAAUUUGUUACAAAAUAUACUAAACAUAUAAAAAAAAAGCUAAUAUCUCUAAACAAAAUGUACUAAUAUUUUAUCUUCCAUAAGAUGGUAAAAAGCCAAUACGUAAAAAUAAUUUAAUAAAAAUUAACGCCCAAAAAAAAAGUUUAUAAAUUUUACUACCAAUAAAACUUCCUUUGUAUUAUCAGCACUGGAAUUCCGUUUUAGUUGCUUGUAGCUUGAAACAAUUUAUUUUUUCUAUUUGUAAUAACGUCACUUAUUUUAAUUUAUUUUUAUUUUAAAAUUAUGCUGGUAUGUACUUUUUAUUAAACUAAAAGCCAUUUCUCAAAUUAUAUAUUUUUAUCUCCAGUGAUUACUUUUUCUCUGCAGAGCGAAUUGGAGAGAUAUACAGAUCAGAAACAUAGUCACACACAAGUCGGGCCAGAUUUUAAAAAUGUUUGUCACUGACUAUUAGCAUUUCUAGGUAAUUUUUUUCCGAAUUUUGUUUGUUAGUUCUUCGUGCUAACUGCACUUGCAACGUUUUGGAAAUUUAUUAUACUGACUCAGCUAAAAUCGGUUUCAUUGGUAACUAAAUAUUUAAUGAAUUUUGCCUGUUUAGAAAUAUAAGUUUUCAUAGAUUUCAUGGAUGUUCAGCAAUUUCUUCCGUGAUCUAAGGAUUCGCAGCUCUUCAUAAAAAGGAUUACCAAAAAAUAGGCUUAGCAUUUCUUGCUACUUUUAAUACUGCUUGAUUUUACUUAAUUGCUAACCUCUCUCUGUUUUAGAAAUAUUACUAGUGCUUGUCCAUAAAUAGGGUUUUUGCCAGAUCAAUCUAUUCCCUAUGUAAUAAGAUUCCAUUAUUUAAUUAUAUGCUUUUUUGAACAAAUUUCACAAAUGGCAAGUGUUGUCAGCAAUAACUUUUACCAAAGUUUUAAAUGCGUUUUUUAUGAUAAUGUAAAGCAUGGACAGGAUAAUAAGAUGCUGUUUAAACCUAUUAAUUAUUCAGUGGUAUGGUAGGGCGUUAGAACCGAUAUCUAUAUCGAUUUAUAAAUUUAAAUAAUAAAAACAAAUAGGUACCUAGUAAGUUACUUAUUUUAUUGGGUAUUACGUCACUUAUAGCAAAAAUCAAUUUAUAAGAUGUGCUCAUAUGCUCUUCUCUCAUAUAAUCUCAUAUGCUCAAAUAUUGAAAAGAAGGAAAUAGACUUAUUUACGUAUUUAAAUGAAAUAUGAACUUAAAGCUUUAACGAUACCUUUCGUUAUACUUAAUUUAAUAUAACUGCAACAAGUCUUAAAUACAAUAAUUUACUUGAGGUAUAAUAGAAUUUUUAUAUACCCAGAAGCUUAAUCUAUUGAUCAUUUCUUCUUUUCAAUAUCGUACCUAACGAUUGUUUGAUACUAUAUCUUUCAAACAGGUUAUUAAAGUAUCAAUCAAUAGUCAAAAUAUAAAAAAAAGAUUAUAACAAUUUUCGAAUUAAGAACAAGAUUUAAACGAAAGGCAGACGAGAGAUUAGAAAAGAUAAGUAUAUUUUUUCAUAUUUUUAAUUUAAUUUUAUUUAGCUUGAUAACAGUAGUAGAUAUAAUUACCGAAAUGUUGGUUCAAAUUAGGUAUUUUUACUAAAUAAGUAGGUUUUCUCAUGAUUUUCAAUUUCGAUAAUCAUAAUAAAGUUAGGUAGGAUAUUGAAAAGAAGAAACGAGCUCAGAGAUCAAUAGAUUAAAACUCAACCCAUAUGUAUAUAAAAAAUCUAUUAUACUUCAAGUAAAUUAUUGGAUUUAAGACUUAUUGCACUUACCUUAAAUUAAAUAUAACGAAAGGUAUCGUUAAAGAUUUAAGUCCGUAUUUCUUUUAAAUACGUGAAUAAGUCUUUUCUUCUUCUUUUUAAUAUUUGAGCGUAUGAGUAUUUUCUAAAUUGAUUUUUAUUAUAAGUGACGUAAUACCCAACAAAAUAACUAAUUAUAAAGCUUUUACUUAGGUACCUAGUACCAUGUAAAAAUCGUUUUUUUGAAUAACUUAUCCAAAAUUUCUUUUUUCUCCAAAACAACAACAUUUAUCUAUACAAUUGUAGUGCAUUAGAAAUUCUACUCCGUUCAUAACUCCUUGAUGACGCAAAAAAUCUCCUUUAACAUCUCUUAUGCGUCUUUAUAAUUUUUAGAAAUUAUUAAAAUGUCAUAAAAUAAUACGAGUCGAAAAAUACAUAAAUUGCAGCCAAAAAAUUAAACCAAAUUUUCGCGACCCUGUUAAAUUAAAACUUGUAGAUCAAAUUAAUUGGCUUUCGUUAAAAAGACAAUUUUGGAUUUUUAAUAGUCUUAUAUUGAUCUCCCCUGUACACUAACAAAUCUGCUCUGUACUUACAAGACACCCUGUAUAUGUAAAGUUUUUGCAUGUUGUUUCGGUUCUAUUAUAAAAUUUUUACAGCCACGACUUCAAUAUAGUAAAUAUUAUAACUAAUUUAUGUAUGUUAUGUUAUUAUUAAUAGUAGCAGAUUUUAAAUAGUCCAGUUUUAUUUUAGUACUUUAACAUGUUUUAGUUUCGUUAUAUGUAUGUAACGAUAGAUAUGCAAUAAGUAUCAAAUGAGUCAUUUUUAUUUAGAGCAAAAUUUAAAUUAUUUUUGUGAACAGUUUAGAAUUUCUGCCUUUUGAAUUGGGUUUUUAUUGUGAUAUUACAAGGUAUUAGUUUGAAGACAAACAUUAGCUUUUGAGUGGCGAACUAGAAAAGUCACUUAAAAAUAUAUGUUAUGUCCCUUUACGUAGUUUGCGAAACAGUAAUAUUUUUACCAAAUGCAUCAGCCACUACUCUCUUUUUAAUAUCAAAGCAACGACUUAUAUAAAAGUAUAUGUUAUUAAAUUGUACAUAACACUCAAGAUAAUUUUUUGCAUAUCUGCCACGAUUUACUAAAAACGUCUUUAAAUAUGAAACUAAGUGAUCGUGUAAAUUUUAAAUAUUGUAACUAUUUUUACACUAGUCUUAACCAAAGUUGCAGAGAGAAAGUUGAUUCUUAAAAUUAAGAUCAUAGUUGUAUUAUUUGGUUAAAUAUAUAUUAUUUUUUAUUA